AAUAGUAAAUCAUGGGAAUGCGGCAGGGUAUAAAUAAGGAGAGAAGCCACUGAGAAUGAUUACAGCACAACCCUUUCCAGCUCAGAAAUUCAGCCGGAACUACAGUUUACCCUUUUUCCUCCCCACCACCGCCAGACGCUUCGCCGGAAAAGUCUAUCUCUCCGCUCCGCUGAACACUUCAAAUCCCCCAUCCCAAAUUUGGAUAUCAUAACUCUUCAUUUUCGUCUAUCGCCGAAUACGGAAGAUACAACAUAUUUUAGUCAACAUACGAUCCAAAACCACUCUUUAUUUAUUUGUUUUACAAAUAGACAGAGUGGUUUUGUGGUGUACAUUUGUUCCAUAUUACUUGAUUCUUCAAGAAAGGAAAUGGCGCUCUCAGUUUCGGACUUGCCUACGAUAUACACACUGCUCGCUAAUUCAUUGAGCGGCGACAUAAAUGUGCGGAAGCCAGCGGAGGAUGCUCUUGCGCAAUUUGAGAGUAGGCCUGGUUUCUGCUCUUGCCUCAUGGAAGUGAUUACAGCCAAAGAUUUAGUUUCCCAGACGGAUGUGAGACUAAUGGCGUCUGUUUAUUUUAAGAACAGCGUGAAUCGUUAUUGGAGGAACAGGCGUGAUUCAACGGGAAUGAGCAACGAAGAGAAAGUGCAUUUAAGACAAAAGUUGUUAUCGCACUUAAGAGAAGAAAAUUAUCAGAUUACUCUUACAUUGGCUGUUGUCAUCUCGAAAGUUGCUCGCGUAGACUACCCAAGGGAAUGGUCAGACUUGUUUUCCGUGUUAGCUCAACAGCUUCAAUCAGCUGAUAUAUUAACUUCUCACAGAAUAUUCAUGAUUCUUUUCCGGACUUUAAAGGAGUUAUCAACCAAACGUCUUACUUCUGACCAGAGGACCUUUGCCGAGAUAGCAUCUCAAUUCUUUGAUUACAGCUGGCACCUCUGGCAGAAUGACAUGCAGAAUAUGUUGCAUGGCUUUUCGGUGCUAGCUCAAAAUACUUCUGAGUUGCAUCGCGAUGAUAUUUAUUUAACCUGCGAAAGAUGGUUACUCUGUUCAAAGAUAACAAGGCAACUCAUAGUUUCUGGUUUCCAAAGUGAUGCUAAGUCUAUACAGGAGGUGCAACCUGUCAAGAAGGUCUGCCCUGUUAUGUUGAAGGCCAUCCAGUCAUUUCUGCCAUACUAUUCAUCUUUUCAAGAGAAACAUUCUAAAUUCUGGGAUUUCCUGAAGAAGGCAUGCACUAAAUUAAUGAAGAUUUUAAUAGCAAUUCAGCAGAGGCAUCCUUAUUCAUUUGGUGACCAAAGUGUCCUUUGGCCUGUUGUUGACUUCUGCUUAAACAAGAUUACUGAUCCUGAGCCAGAUGUCUUGUCAUUUGAAGAAUUCUUGAUUCAGUGUAUGUCAAUGAUGAAGUCUGUCCUAGAAUGUAGAGAAUACAAGCCAUUCUUGACUGGUCGUGUUAUGGAUGACAACCGAGUUACCCUUCAGGAGAUGAAGAAAAAUGUAUCUGCUGCAGCUGCAGGUGUUUUGGCUUCUCUGUUGCCAAGCGAGCGCGUGGUGCUGCUGUGCAACAUAUUGAUAAGGAGGUAUUUUGUUUUAACAGCAAGUGAUGUGGAAGAAUGGUACCAGAAUCCCGAGUCUUUUCAUCACGAGCAGGAUUCUGUUUUGUGGUCUGAAAGAUUAAGGCCAUGUGCUGAAGCACUAUACAUUGUCUUGUUUGAGAAUCACAGCCAACUGCUAGGUCCAGUUGUGGUUUCAAUUCUUCAAGAGGCAAUGAAUGCUUGCCCUUCCUCUGUUAGUGAAAUAAGUUCACAAUUGCUUCUCAAGGAUGCUGCUUAUGGUGCUGCUGCAUAUGUCUAUUAUGAACUCUCAAAUUAUCUGAGCUUUAAAGACUGGUUCAAUGGUGCAUUAUCUAUUGAGCUCACAAAUAAUCAUCCAAAUAUGCGAAUCAUCCAUAGGAAAGUUGCGUUAAUAUUGGGGCAAUGGGUUUCAGAGAUUAAAGAUGACACCAGGCGACCAGUGUAUUGUGCUUUAAUAAAAUUGCUUCAGGAGAAAGACUUGUGUGUUAGGCUGGCGGCAUCACGAUCUCUUUAUUUCCACAUUGAAGAUGCAAAUUUCUCAGAGUAUGACUUUUCGGAUCUUCUUCCAAUUUGUUGGGACUCAUGUUUUAAACUGGUGGAAGAAGUCCAAGAGUUUGAUUCAAAAGUUCAAGUAUUAAAUACGAUUUCUAGUCUCAUUGCACGCAUCACUGAAGUUACUCCUUAUGCAAACAAGUUGGUGCAGUUUUUCCAGAAGGCAUGGCAAGAGUCUUCCGGUGAAAGCCUUCUGCAGAUUCAGCUUCUCACAGCCCUAAAGAACUUUGUAGUUGCACUUGGUUAUCAGUCACCCAUGUGCUACAACAUGCUGCUGCCCAUCUUACAAAGUGUGAUUAACAUAAAUAGCCCUGAUGAACUUUUGGAAGAUAGCAUGCAGUUAUGGGAAGCUACCCUUUCUCAUGCCCCUUCAAUGGUGCCUCAGCUGUUGGGUUAUUUUCCAUGUCUGGUGGAAAUCUUGGAAAAAAGUUUUGAUCACUUGAAGGUGGCUGCCAGCAUAAUUGAAGGCUACAUAGUUCUUGGCGGAUUAGAGUUCCUCAACAUGCAUGCAGCAACACUUGCAAAAGUUCUUGAUUUGGUCAUUGGUAAUGUCAACGACAGAGGGCUGCGUUCAGUUCUCCCACUUGUGGAUGUUUUGGUUCAGUGUUUUCCUGGUGAAGUGCCCCAAUUAAUCAGCUCUAGUAUACAGAAAUUAAUUAUCAUAUGCCUGAGUGGAGGGGAUGAUCAUGAUCCUUCAAAGACAGCCGUGAAAACAUCUUCAGCAGCCAUACUUGCAAGGAUUUUGGUCAUGAAUACUAAUUAUCUUGCACAACUGACCUCAGAACCAUCACUAUUAGCACAUCUGCAGAAAGCUGGAUUCCCAAAUGAAGAAAACAUACUUCUUUGCCUGGUUGAUGUAUGGCUUGAUAAGGUGGAUAAUGUGAUUUCCACACAAAAGAAGAUAUUUGGCCUAGCCCUUUCCAUAAUUCUAACUUUGAGACUGCCUCAAGUACUUGAUAAACUGGAUCAAAUCCUAAGCGUGUGCACAAGUGUAAUAUUGGGUGGAAGUGAGGACUUAACUGAAGAAGAAUCAAGCAGUGACAAUAUGCAAUCUAGCAAGCUGCAGGUCCCUAGCAAAGAGUUCAGAAGGAGACAGAUCAAGUUCUCGGACCCAGUAAACCAAAUUUCACUGGAGAAUUCACUGAGGGACAACCUCCAGAUGUGUGCUGCCCUCCACGGAGAAUUAUUUAAUACUGCUAUGUCUAAAAUGCAUCCUGCAGCAUUUGCACAACUGAAACAGGCACUGAAAAUGCCGUAGGCUAGAUUUGGCUCUCAAAACUUGCAGUUGAAAUGCAAUUAUGUGUUCCGAGGGUCCCACAAUUUUCCUGUGCACUUCUGUAAAGUCAUGUGGGUAAGCUGCUUGGUUUGCUACCAUUUGCUUGUGCAUUUGGCUGCAUCAUGUAUUUGAAGAUUUUGACUUUGUGAAAUGGGCACUACACAUUCUCUUGGUUUUGUCGAUUCAUGUUCGUUUCCAGCGGUUUUCUGGUCUGGCGCAACACACUGUAAAUAGUGUGAUCCCUUUAUGUCAUAGUUUUUUGGGGCAUAAGGGUGAAAGUCUGAGGAAUAUCAGGUCUGCUCAACAUUUACUGGAUGUGAAGGAACCGAGACAUGGUCUAUAUAGCGUUCUUUCAAACAUGAAGUACCUUGAAGAGUCUGAUAUUGAAAUCUUGUUUUCGUUUUCCUUCUUAGAUUUGUUUUUACUCAAUUGCUGGGUAAUUGUUUGAAACAUUUGAUGUUAU